AUGGCAUCCCCCGAAUACCCCAAAACCGCCGUCAACAAACUCGGUCGUUUGGCAAACCGAGGUGUCUACGACUACGCAACCAUCCACACCCUCGUAAACAGCUGUCCCAUCCUCCACGUCUCCUUCGUUGAUCCCGAACACCCCUUCCCCGUCGUCCUGCCCAUGUUAGGCUGUACAGGAAACUUCACCGACCAAUCCGCAGAUCCAAACACGACAUGUCAAGAUCUCUACAUCCACGGCUACGUCUCUGGUCGGGUGUUCAAGAGCGGGAAGAAUGCGCAAGGCGACGGUUUGCCUAUUACCGUCGCAGCCAGUUUCCUCGAUGGCUUGGUACUCAGUCUGACGCCUUUCCAUAACUCGUGUAAUUACCGCUCGGCUGUUGUGUAUGGGUACGCACAGUUGGUUGAAGACGACGAGGAAGCGCUCUACGCCAUGAAGGCCAUUACGGAGAAUCUGCUUCCCCAGCGUUGGGAUAAAUCACGCACACCACCUACACCUGCGGAGUUGAAAUCUACGUCUAUCCUACGUAUCAGGAUUUCUUCGGCGAGUGCGAAGAUAAGGACUGGUGGACCGAGUGAGGAUAGGAAUGAUUUGAAGGAUAAGGAGCUGGUGAAGAAGACUUGGACGGGUGUUGUACCUUAUUGGGGGACUUGGGGGGAGCCGGUGCCGGGCAAAGAGAAUGGGUGCGAGGAGGUGGAGGGGUAUAUUGAGGGGUGGAGAAUGAAAGAGACGGGAAAAGGCAGGGGUUAUGCUUUUGAGGCUAUUGAGAUGGAUGGGAAGAGUAAGUAA